AUGCUGGCGCUGCACGCAGAGCUGCGCCGCCGGCACAGGCUGCCGCACCGCGACCGCGUCGCGCUCAGCCUCUUCCUCAAGGACGCUGGUCUGCCGCUGGAGGAGAACCUCAGGUUCUGGCAGCGGGAGUACUCGCGCCCGGCCGGCGACGGCUCGGUCUGCACGCACACCUGGGCGCGCUGCCAGAGGCGGUACGUGUACAGCGUGCGACACAUGUACGGUCUCGAGGGCCGCCGCUGGCCGUGCGACAGCCAUUCUUGUGAGACACUGCAGGAGCGCGCCGGCGAGUCUCUGGCCUCCUGCGGCGGCUGGCUGAUGGCCUAG